AUGGACGACGAAGCGAUUUCUCAGAUCGUUGCGGUGACCGGCUGCAACCCAGAUAUCGCUCGACAAUAUGCACAAUUAGCGGACGGUGAUCCAAACCAGGCGGUCCAGCUGUUUUUUGAGAAUGGCGGAGCUGAUCUCUCCACUGGUACCUCUGCGCCGCCGCCGCCACCACCACCAUCCUUCAGACCUGCGGCCGCUGGCAACUCCUCAGAUCCUAUCAACGUGGAUGACGAUGAUAGUGCUCCAUCUCGGCCCCACCAGUCGUCCAAUUUCGAAGACGAUGAAGCGAUGGCGAGACGAUUGCAAGAGGAGGCAUACGGAGAUCAAGAGCAAGGCGUCCGCGCGCCGAUUGCUCGGCACGCAGAAACGCUUGCUGGACCUGGAGCAGAUAUGAUGGAUGAUUUCGAAGACGCCAUGCAAGCCAGAAUGCAGGCCUUCAGACAGCGGCAUCAGCCACAGGCUCAAAGAGGUAUAUUCAACCAGCGAGAAACCUCUGCCAUCUGGACCGAUGAGGGCGAACCGCAGCCAGAUCUCGCAGAAGCCACGGGAGGAGCAUCUGAACAAUCAGCACGAUCCAAUAUGCUUGCACGACUUUUCCAACCACCUUGGGACCUCAUGUUCACAGGCAGCUGGGAAGAAGCAAGAGAUGAAGGCAAGGAGGGCAAGAAGUGGCUCUUGAUUAAUAUCCAGGACGGCUCCAUCUUCGACUGUCAAGCACUGAAUCGGGAUUUGUGGAAAAACGACGGUGUUGUUGAUACGAUCAAGGAAAACUUCAUCUUCCUGCAGUACAGCAAAGACGAUCCGCGCGCUUCAGACUACAACUCCUUCUACUUCCAAAACCAUGACAACCCGGACCAAUAUCCACAUGUCGCCAUUGUGGACCCACGGACUGGUGAACAGGUGAAGCUAUGGUCCAGAAAGAUCCCGACAUCUUCAGACUUCUUGAUGCAGCUCCACGAAUUUCUCGAUCGCUACAGCCUCGACAAUAACGCCCGCAACCCGGUGGCUAAACGGAAAUCUGAAGUUAAGAAGGAGAAGUCUGUACAUGAGAUGACCGAGGAGGAGAUGCUGGAGCGGGCCCUACAAGCUAGUCUUGCCUCCGAAGCGGUUGAGAAGCCGUCGACAAAGGAAGAUCCCGAUGAUCUCACCCGGAGCAUUGGGGACAUGAGAAAUCAAGGCGAAGCUAUGGACAUUGACCAGAACGGCAAUGUGGCGAAGGAGCCCACGCCUUUCUCUCUCAUUUCAUCAGACCAGCCACAUGUCCAACCCGAGGCUGGCGAAGGCAUUACUCGUGUGCAAAUUAAACAUGCAGGCGGGCGCAUUAUCCGACGCUUUGCGCAAAACGAUCCUGUGCAACGCAUCUAUGAAUUCCUGAAAGCGGAACCUAUCGAGGGCAAGGAUGGCGCCGAAUUUGAGCUGAUCUCGAUGAAUAAGAACCUCCUCGAAUCGCGACACGAGACCAUUGAGGCGGCAGGCCUGAAGAAUGGCACAGUAAUGGUGGAAUUCGUUGACAGCGCGGAAUAA